AUGCAGCGGUUUGCAGGAGAGGAACUCGAUGACAACAUUUAUGCCACCGAAGAUCCACUUCGCAGUGCGAUCACUUAUUUUGGAAAUAAUCAACCCUUCACCGCACGAAUCCGAGAAGUCAAAUUCACUUGGUUCGCAGAGUUGCUCGAGUGUGUUCUGCCAGCCAAGAAUCCAGUUGCUGUUAAUCAUGGUGUCACUGGGGACAAUGCUCUAAAUCACUACCUCUUUCACCUUAAGUCCUCCUCUUCCUCCACCUCCUCCCCCAACCUGACGAUCUGCCAUCCACACACAAAUCUCCUCGCUUCUCGCCGUUCCAGUGACGUCCCUAAAACUCCCGUGGGGAUCCAACCACCUUGCCUCGGUUCACAGGGUGGCAACGAUGAGACUUCUAUUUCUACCGCCUUUCUCCACCAUGAGCCAGAACAAAAUUACAUUCAGUUUUGCAAUCCACCUCCACCGCCACAAAAACAUCACCAUCAUACUCUACCUUCCACAUGCUUCCAUGAGGCCUACCAGAGCCUGUCCCGUCAGGGACACCUCCAAUGCUCACAGAGCGUCUUUCUCUCUCCACAGAUUGAUAAUCGAAGAGGUCUUAUUUACGCGAAUGGUGAGAUAGGUAGAGGGAAAUCGACCCUGUUGGUGCCGGUGAACUCAAAUUCUCAUCUUCAUUCUCCACAUUAUCUGCACAGUGGAACAGAGUGGACGUGGGAUGGGCCAGAAAUGGGGACUUUUGAGACUCAAUCUGCUGCGCAAGCAGCCACUUCCACCUUCAUUGUUGAUACUGCUGCUUCGAUACAGCAGAAUAAUCAUUCUACUGCUGGUGAGAUAUCCAUCGCCCCAAGGCAAGUUUUAACAACAAAAAUCCGCUUAAACUAA